AUGGGAUUCUGGACAGUUGCUGUGCAGUGCGGCCUGGCUUUUAUUUUUCUCACCCUCCGCGUCGAUGGUGAUGUGACCUACUCCGUUUUGGAGGAGAUGAAUCGUGGAUCUGUAAUCGGAAAUAUCGCUAAAGAUUUGGGGCUUGAUUUGGGCAGACUCUCCACUCGAAAGGCCCGUGUGGACUCUGAAGAAAGCAACGUGCAGUACUGCGGGCUGAACCUCAAUACAGGAGACUUGAUUGUACAGGAGCGGAUCGACAGAGAAGGGCUUUGUGGGAAAAAGGCAAUGUGUGUCAUAAAACAGGAACUUGUGUUGGAAAAUCCGCUUGAACUGCAUCGUAUUCACAUUCGCGUUCUGGAUAUUAACGAUAAUUCACCACAGUUUAAAGAAGAGUCGCUGAAGAUUGAAAUCCGGGAAUCUGCAGACAAAGAUGCUCGUUUUCUUCUGGGAGAAGCGCACGAUGGCGACAUCGGUGAAAACGCAGUUCAGAGCUACUCGCUUCAGCAGAAUGAUCACUUUAGUUUAAAUGUUAACACGAAGGCGGGCGGGCGUAAAUACUGCGAACUAGUUUUAGAUAAAGAGUUGGACAGAGAGGACAAGAACGAGAUGACUCUUUUGCUUUCUGCAUUUGAUGGCGGCUCUCCUCAGAAAUCAGGUACAGUGGUUAUACACGUGACAGUACUGGAUGCUAAUGAUAAUGCACCAGCAUUUGGUCAGAGCGUUUAUAAAGCCACUUUGCCUGAAAACUCUCCAGUGGAAACAUUGAUAAUCACACUCAGUGCCACUGACCCAGACGAUGGAAUUAACAGUGAAAUUACGUUUGGAUUUGAUCACGUCUCGCAUGAAAAUAGCGACGCGUUUUCAUUGCAUCCUAAAACGGGCGAGGUGAGAGUAGCAGGAACUAUCGAUUAUGAAAGAGUGACAUCUUAUGAAAUGCAGAUCAGUGCUAAGGAUGGUUUAGGACUGGUUUCGUAUGCAACAUUAAUUAUAGAAGUUACGGAUGAAAACGACAAUGCCCCAAUAAUACACCUGAAAACAAUGAAUAAUCCCAUACCCGAGAACAUCCCACCUGGCACAGAGGUGGGCAUCAUUAAUGUGCAGGACAGAGACUCCGAGAAUAACCGACAGGUCCGCUGCUCCCUCCAGCAGGGUGUCCCUUUUAAGUUAGUUCCUUCUAUUAAAAACUAUUAUUCUCUGGUGAGCACAGGACAACUGGACCGUGAAGUGGUGUCUGAUUACAACAUUACAAUCACUGCCACUGACGAGGGAUCUCCACCUCUGUCCUCCUCUAAAAGUGUUCAGUUGUCUGUAGCUGACAUCAACGACAACCCACCUGUGUUUGAGGAAGAGUCGUACAGCGCAUAUGUGAGUGAAAAUAACAAAGCUGGCUCCACUUUAUGUUCCGUUGCUGCUCGAGAUCCUGACUGGAGACAAAACGGGACCGUGAUUUAUUCACUGUUGGCUGGAGAGGUGAACGGUGCCCCGGUGUCCUCGUAUGUGUCUGUGAAUGGAGACACGGGGGUGAUCCACGCUGUGAGGUCGUUUGAUUAUGAACAGUUGAGGAGUUUCAAAGUGCAGGUGAUGGCCAGAGACAACGGUUCUCCUCCCCUGAGCAGCAACGUGACAGUCAGUGUGUUCAUAUCAGAUGUGAAUGACAACGCUCCUCAGAUCUUGUACCCCGCCCCGGAGGGCAACUCCUUCAUGACCGAGCUGGUCCCCAAAGCUGCACACGGAGGCUCUCUGGUGUCCAAAGUGAUCGCAGUGGACGCGGACUCCGGACAGAACGCCUGGCUGUCCUACCAGAUAGUCAAAUCCACUGAUCCGGGACUUUUCACUAUCGGUGUCCACAGUGGAGAGAUCAGGACACAGCGGGACAUUUCUGAAUCUGACAGUAUGAAACAGAACCUGAUCGUGUCAGUGAAAGAUAACGGACAGCCCUCUCUGUCUGCCACCUGCUCCAUGUAUUUACUGAUUUCUGACAACUUGGCUGAGGUUCCAGAGCUGAAGGACAUUUCUUAUGAUGAGAAGAACUCCAAGCUGACUUCCUACCUGAUCAUUGCGCUGGUGUCUGUGUCCACCUUUUUUCUGACUUUCAUCAUUAUCAUCCUGGGUGUGAGGUUUUGUCGCAGGAGAAAGCCCAGACUGUUGUUUGACGGAGCAGUGGCCAUCCCCAGUGCGUAUCUCCCUCCAAAUUACGCAGAUGUUGACGGCACAGGAACUUUACGCAGCACGUACAAUUAUGAUGCCUACCUGACAACAGGAUCUCGAACCAGUGACUUUAAGUUUGUGAGCUCUUACAAUGACAACACGCUGCCUGCUGACCAGACUCUGAGGAAAAGUCCAUCAGACUUUGCUGACGUGUUUGGAGACGGUGACAGUUCUGAGGUAGGCACGAAACUAACAAUGUUAUAACUCACAAGCUUGUUCAGAGCAAAUUUGUUU